AUGUUUCGUUUAGGUGUCAAUCAAGCUGUUCGUUCAGCUCCACGUGUAAGAAACUAUGCUACAUUACGUGAAAUUGAAAACCGUCUUAAAUCAAUCAAGAAUAUUGAAAAAAUUACCAAUACUAUGAAGAUUGUUGCCUCCACUAGAUUAAACAAGGCUCAAAGAGCUAUGCAAUCAUCACGUGUCUUUAACGAGAGUGAGAAAGAGUUUAACCAAAACGCUGAUCCAAAAGAAGCUGAAAAAUUACAAGAAGAAGGUGCAGCUGCUUCAUCUAAUCCAGAAAAGACUUUAUUGAUUGUUGUUUCUUCUGAUAAAGGAUUAUGUGGAUCAAUUCAUUCGCAAUUAUCUAAAUCUGCCAGAAAGAGAACUGAAGAAUUGAAUGGUAAUGUUGAUAUCGUUGCUGUUGGAGAUAAAGUUAAAGCCCAAUUAUCAAGAACUCAUACUGAUAAAUUGAAAUUGGCUUUCAAUGGUAUUGGUAAAGAAGCUCCAAAUUUCACUGAAGUUGCUUUAAUUGCUGAUGAAAUUGCUAAAUUAGGCAAAUAUGGAAAUGUUGAAAUUCUUUACAACAAGUUUGUUUCUGGUGUUUCUUUUGAACCAUCAACUUUUGCUGUCUAUGCUUCUGAUAUUAUUGAGAAUGCUCCAGGUAUCAACAAGUAUGAAUUUGAAGGUGAAGAUGCCGUACAAAGCUUGGCUGAAUUCUCAUUGGCUAACAACUUGUUGACUGCUAUGGCUGAAGGUUAUGCUUCUGAAAUUUCUGCCAGAAGAAAUGCUAUGGAUAAUGCAUCAAAGAAUGCUGGUGAUAUGAUUAACAGUUACUCAAUCUUGUAUAACAGAACUAGACAAGCUGUUAUUACCAAUGAAUUAGUUGAUAUUAUUACUGGUGCUUCAUCUUUGGAAUAA